ACAGGAUUAUCUGCUGGAAAAUAAACCUGAAGCUUCACCCCUCAGUACUUUCACGGAUCCGUUACAGUCCAGUUGUGAGGAAGCGACGGCGACUGCGUGUGCUGGUUAAUUUCCCAUCACAGAUGCAAAUGUCCUCCAGGAAGAAUCAGAGCUCAGCUCUGCAAACUCCAGCUUUCAUGCGCAGCUCUUCUCCUCGUUUCCACCUGGAUCUCUGGCUCCGCUUCACCGUCCACAGCUGGGUCCUGGAUGUGGCCCGGACUGUCGUCAUGCUCGUCCUCUCAGGGGACAUCUGUCCUCUGAACCGUCCUGGGUUAGCAGAUUAUCUCCACCUUCUCUACAACGUCACGCUCCCGUUUGUGCUCCUCAGAAUGCUGGAGCGCAGCCCCAGGACGCUGCCCCCAGUGGUCGUCCGCCUCGGCAUCGUUGCAGUCGCCAUGGGCACCAGCUUCCACCUGGUGGCGGACUCCGUCACCCGUCGCCUCCUGCUGGUUGGCUACCAGCUGCCGCUGUCUGUCAGGGAGAACCCGGUCAUGACAGAGCUCGGGCCGUCGUCUCUGGUCGACGCCUUCGAGCUUCUGUUUCACUACGACGACGCGCUCGGUCAUGUGAUGUGGUCUGUCCCUCUCUUCCUCGUCCUGUUGCUCUUCUUCAGUGGUUCUUUCUGUCACAGGACACAUGAGCAGAAGCUGCUGCCCCCUGCUGCCUGGAUGCUACUCGCUCCCAACGCUGCCUACUACUGGUACCUGAUCACUGAGGGACAGACCUUCAUCAUCUUCAUCUUCACCUGCUUUGCAAUGACAGCCACGGUGAUGCACCAGAGGAGGCGGGGCUUUGUGCCCGACGUGAACGGCGUCUUCAUGCUCUCCAGUUUCUCUGGCGCCCUCUUGCUGCUGGUGGUGUGGGUGACAUGUCUGUGGGACGACCCGGCCUUGAGGAAGAGACACCCUGGACUCAUCUAUGUCCCUCAGCCUCGCGUGGUCUUCACCCUGCACCUCCACCAGGUCAAACCCGCAUUAAACCCCAACUAAACCUUGGUGAUGAAACACCGAAAAAAAAUUCAUAAAGUACAGGGAAUAAAUAAAAGUGCUGCACAAUGGCUCAGUAGCGCCCCCGUAGGUGAAACCCGGUAGGACAAAGCCAAAAUGGAGUUGCAACAAAUUUCACAAAACUUGAUGGAAACAACCAACCGGAAGUCAGCCAUUUUGAAUAGAAUUUGGUGUCCAUCUUGGUGAUUUGCACGUUCUCAAAAAUGAACAAACUUUGUUCAUUAAUCGUAACGACAUAAAAAAGUGUCUCGAUUUGUAUGAGACACGUUUGAGAUGAACAGUUUUCAAAAGGUCUCGUGAGAUA